AUGAGUGGAAUAUCAAAAUUACUUAAUAAUAUCAUUAAAACUAGCAUAGUGAUUUAAUAAUUUACAAUCAAACUACCCAACUUAAUUUAAUUAAUUUUUGGAUUUCUUGCUUAGCUUUAGAUGAUAAGUUAUUUAGAAUAACCUUGUUUUUCACCUUAAAAAUCUUUUACCAUAAUUUUAUACUUUACAAGACCUCAUAUUUAUAUUUUUACUUAAGGAAAUUAUGAAAUUUUCUUUAUAUCCUUUUUUCUUUUAAUUCAAAUACUAAUUAUAAUUUGGAUAUAUUACUGCAUUUCCUUAAAUGGAACACCAUACAAAAAUAUAAUCAAUGAAAUAUAAUUCGGUCAAAUGAACUAAAAUAAAACUUAGCUUAUUAUUUCAAUUAUCGCUUUAUUUUUGUUUUUUAAUAAAGUCUAUAUAGGCCAUAAUAUAAUAGAAUUUUGUAUGUUGCUACUUGCGUAAAAACAAUAGAAUCCAUUUUAUUUUAUUAUAAUCAGCAUCAUCUUAAGUCUAUAAAUAAGUAUAAUCUUAUUUAUUUAAUGGCAAUAUUUAAAUAGAAGCAUUAAAUUUAUACCAUCAUUGUAAUAUUUAACUAUCAAUCAAUCAUAUACAAAUAUAAUAAAUUUGUACUUAAAAUUACUUUAAAUAAUAAAUUAUACUUUUUUGGAAAAUAAUGAAUCUGCUAAAAUUGCUUAAGCAUUAUUAAUUAUCAUAAAUUUUAUGCAUAAAUUUUGGUAAAUUAGAUUUAACAAUAUUCAUAUGAGAAAUCAAUAUCUAUUUAUUAUAAUUAUAGUAGGCAGCCUUGGUUCAUUAAUGGCAUUUUUAUAAUUAUUGGAAUUAAUUUUUACUCCUCGUUUUACUAUAAGAUUAUGGAUUCCGUUAGCACCAAUUAGUUUGUUUAUUAUCAAAAAUUUAUUAGAUAGAAAUCUCCAUUAAAUGAUGAUCAAAAAUAAUUUCGAUGAAUUAAAAAUUAGUGAAUUGAAAUACAUUUCAUGCAUUAUUUAAAACGGUAUAGAUACUAAAUAGCUUUACAAUUAAAUCUUUCUUUUUUAAUAUAUUUAAAAUUUUUGUUAGAAAAAUGAAAUCUCAUUUUCCUAAGAAUAACAAUUUUCUUAAAAAAUGAUUGAAAUAAUAAAAUUUCAUAUACUUCAAUAAAUGUUAAGAUAAUUAGAAAAACUAUCAGAAAGAAUCAAAAACCCUUUUUAUUUAGUUUAGAUUUACAUAAAUUAUAUUUAAACAUUAAUUAUUUUAAAUAAGUAUGUUGAAGCCCAACAUAUUAUUGAAUAAUUGUUUAGAUAUAAAAGCAAUAUUCCUACAUUUUAGAGUUCAAGAACAUGUAAAUUAAUAAUAAGAUCUGAACUUGGAGAUUCAUAAUAAACAUUUUUAAAAAUAUUAGAAUAUAAAAUAAUAGCAAUGAUGUAAACUAAAAUGGUUCAGUAAAUAUCUAAAUCAAAAUCAAAUUAAUAAACAAUUUCUUUAGCUAUGAGAUAAUUAUCUAUUAUUAAUUCAAAUACUCUUGAUGUUUAAUCAAUGUUUAUAAAUGUAUCAAUUUUAAAAGUAGAAUUCUUUUAAUUUAUAAUAAAUGAUAAAAUCUAAUAGAAUUAAUUUAAUCGUAAGGUUUAAAAGAUUCUAAGAGAAAUGGAGAAUUUUCUUUAAAAAUUAAAAUAAAACUACAAUUUAUUUCCAAGUAUUUGUAAUAUUAAUUAAUAGCAAUAUCAAAUUAGAGUAUUUUGAUGAUAUAUUAAGUUGAAAUUUUGAAUAAUGUUUUAGAUGCAUAUAAUUUAAGUUAGACAAUAGCACUUGAUGAAGAUAUUAUAUUAAAACAUAAUCAAUCUGAAUUAUUUAACUUUUUUAAUUAAAGUUUUAAUUUUAUCUUAUUCAAGAUAAUUGAUGUAUAAAACAUUAUCAUUGAAUAUCAUUCAAUAACAUAGGGUUAAAAUUUCACAAUUAAAGAAGGUGAUUAAUUAUCAAACUUAAUACCAGUGUCAUUAAAAUACUAACAUUAGUUACUAAUUGAAAUCUUUUUAGAAACAGGAAAAAAUAGAUUUUUUUAACAGAUUGAUGAAACCUAUAUUAAGAUACGAUAAGGUAUUAUAUAACCAAUUGAUAUUUGUAUGGAUUUGAAUCAUCAGAAUUCAUAAAAUAUAGAAAUUACUACAGUAUAUAGAUUACCUUAAAGUGAUAAACAUAUGAUAUUUGUAGAUUCUAAUUUUCGACUUUAAGAAAUUAGUCAUAAUUUAUUUUAUUGUGGUUUAAAUCUAUCUGAAAGUUAUUUAGAUCAUAUUAUAGGUAUACAUAUAAAUAAAGUAAUUCCAUAAUUCAAAAAAUAUAUUGAUGAUAACAAUUAUGAUAUAAAGAUUUGUCCAAUAAAUUUUAUAAAUAGUCAAGAAGAUAUUGAAUAAAGAGGAAAAUCAAGAACAUUUAAUUGUCUUGAAGAAAUUGAAAAUAUCUCAUUAUAUUCAUGUCAUUUGUUGAUUUCUAAAAGAUUUUUUUAAGAAAAUCAAUAUAUAUUUGUUUUAAGAAUUGAUAACUUAAAACUAGAUAAAGUUAGUUCUUGUACAUAAUUUAAAUUCAUGCAAAAUUCUGAACCUAUCUAAGAUAUUGAUGAAUAAAUUGAAAUUAAUUUACCAGAUCCUGAAGAAGAAUUUUAAAAGCAAUAAAUUAUUUUAAAUACUGAACGUCAAUAAGAAUUUUAAAUAGAUUUAUUAUAAGAUAAAAAUGAUUUUUAGAUUAUAUAAGAAAAAAAAUAGACUGAAACUUCUUUUCUUCGUCUUAGUAAUAAAUAAAAUUAAAAAUUAGAAGAUUUUACAAAUCUAUCUAGUAUUGCUAAAAUAAAGAGAUCUCCCUAUUAUUAAAAAUUUAAAUAAGUUUCCUUUAUCCUUAAUUCAUAAAAUCAAUCUAAAAAUUAGAUUACAUUUAAUAUUCUUUAUUUAAUAUAUAUACUUGUAAUACUUAUUUUUUCAAUAACAAUUUUAGAUGAAACUUAUUAUUUUAGAAAAUUGAUAUCUCAUUUAGAUUUACUAUCAAUCAAGAAUGAAAUUUAUUUACCAAUUAACUCUUUUUUAGUCACAAGAUAUACUAUUGUAACAUAUAAUUCAUUACUAAGUCUUUAAGCAAUAGAUGAAAUUGAAUAUCAAUAAUUGAUUAAAUUUCCUAAAUCAAAUUUAUUAUCAGGAUAUGACCUUCUAAAAAAGAGUAUUACUAAAGUAUUAUCCAUAACUGAAUUUCAACCAUUCUUAUAAGAGAAUUAUUUAACACUCUCUUUAUACGUAAAGAAUAACACUGGAAUAAAUUAUAAUAUUAGCUUUAGAGAAUCAAUUCAUUUUCUAUUAAAUUAUUAAUAUGAAUAUAAAUUAGCUUAUACAGUUAAACCUUUAUAAACAGAUGGGCCUUAUUUUUAUUAUUCUUAUAAGAAUUUUCUAACAUUAUAUAAAAAGUUUGUUGAUCUUGAACAAUUUACUUUAGAAUAAACAUUAAUGUAUUCAAAUGAAAAGAUGAAUAUUAUAAGGCUUUACAUUACAUUAUUUGGAAUUAUAUCUUUUAUUUUGAUAUUUCUAAAAAUCUAUCAUUUAAAGAAAAUUAGAAAUAAUAAAAAUAAAAUAUUGACUAUAUUAAAAAAUUAAGAUUUACAUUAGGUUGAAUUGGAAAUAAUAAGAUUGAAAUAAAUAAUUUAAAAAAUGUAAAAUGAUAAAUAAAUAAUCUAUGGAUAUUCUAUUGAUUUAGAUAAUAUUGACAAAUCUAUGAAAAUAAAAUAAUAAAAUUUUAAAUAACGUUAAAUUAACAACAAAAAAUAAAUGGACUUAAAUAUAUUUAGAAAAUCAUUGAUAAUUAUAUUGCAUUAUCUAUUGUAUUUUUCUUUAAGUAUAAGUUUUUAUUUGAUUUCACAUAAUGAGAUAAUUUAUUAUUAAAAUGUGGCAAAAUUUUACUAAAAAAUAUCAGAUGCUAGUGUAAAUGUUUUAGUGUUAUAUGCUUGGAAAGAAGCAUUAUAUUUUAAAGCUACAUUUACAUUUUUUACAGCUUCUGAAAUAAAAGAUCUAUAUUAGCAUGUAGAAUAGAGUUUAGAUGGUUUAAAAGAAUUCAAUUUAAAUUUGCUUUAAUUUGAUUAAAUUGAUAAUUUAUUUGGAUCAUCUAAUUAAAUAAUAGAAAAAAUAAAUUAAAUAUCUGUUUGUGAUAAUUUAAGUGAAGUAUAAAUUUCAUAAUAUUAUUAUUAUAGGAUUAUAAGAUUAAAGCAUAAGAGAUUUGUAAUAAGGUUAUGUAGGGAGUAUUAAAAGGAGGUCUAGCUAAUGCAUUAAAUUAUGUGAUCAAUAGUAUCUCUAAUGAAUAUGCAUUCACUCAUUUUGAUAAUAGAUUAACAUUAGAAAAGUUAGAAUUAGAAGGUUCCACUUUAUUAUCAGAUGUUCUCUCUAAAUUUUCUGAAAUUAUAAAGAAUUAAAUUUAAUUCUAAACAAGCGAAUUAUAAUUUAUUGUUUAUGUAAAUUAUUAAUAAAUCCUAGAUAACUGUAUCAUUGUAUUUACUAUUUGA